ACAGAUAGAACGUUGAGUCAUAAAAAAUAUUUGGCGACACCAUGUGGACUGAUUGGGGACUGUCACUGUACUCUGGGCUUCAGAGAUCUUACUAAACUAGACUUCUUGUGGGACAUAACAAAUGUAUUGCAUGGCAGUAAAAUACGCAGAAGGAGAAAAUGACAUUGAUUAGCGUUUUAUAUGUUUAAUAGCAUAGCGAUAGUACCAAUUAAUUUAAAGCUUUCAAAAUUAGACCUCAUUCGACGGAAAUGACAUCACCACACAUUCAGAGCGCUUUGUUUCUCCACAGAGUUUACUCGACCUUCUUCGAAGGAAGUGCAGCGCAGACAAGCGACUCCACAAGAAGAAGAAAAAAUAUAUAUUAAAAAGAAGAAAAAAAAGAAGAGAAAAAAACUCGGUGAAUUUGUCAAAUCUGAAAGAUUUGAACAGAGUUUCUGAAGUGUCCCGGUCCACGAGAAUUCCUGGAAGGGAGAAAGCGUUGUCAGAACCGAAGUUAUGGAGGAUUCCCAUUUUAACUCUCAGUACUUCUGGUCCCCUUUGCCUGUACAAGGACAGAUUGAGAACGCCAUGUUCCUGAAGCAGCUGAAGGACCAGGAGAAGAACACUUCGUUCCCCUCCUCCUCUCAUUAUCAGACUGCCAUGCUCACUGUCCCCAAGCAGGAGGGAGGGGGGCAGGGCCAAGGGGGUCACCUACACCCCCCUCACACCCAGAACAUCACUGUGGUGCCUGUACCUUCCACUGGCAUCAUGACAGCAGCGGGUCUGGUCAUCACUACCCCUCAAGGCACGCAGCUGGUCUCUCCUGCUUCCUCCUCUCAGUCCUUCGUGUCUGGACAUCCCACCACCACAAUGAUCGUCUCUACACUGCGCGCUCCAGACAAGAAACAGGAAGGUGGAACCCCCCAGGUGGUCGUCAUGCCGACCCCCUCGAAGCGAGGCAGGAAGAAGAAGUCGACACUAGGGAGGGCGGGGCCUGCCGGUGGCCACACCCUCUCCGCUGGAAAUGAGGCGUUGAUUCUGGCUCACUUGGCGUCGGGAGGGCAGGUGGUUAUGUCUUCGCAGCAUUAUACAACUGACCCGUACGACCUCGCCGACGAGGACCACAGUGGGAAAGACGGCAACAAGACCUACAGGUGCCGGAUGUGUGCGGUGACCUUCUUCAGUAAGUCAGACAUGCAGAUCCACUCCAAGUCUCACACAGAGGCCAAGCCCCACAAGUGUCCCCACUGCUCCAAGUCAUUCGCCAACUCCAGCUACCUGGCCCAGCACCUCCGCAUCCACAGCGGGGCCAAGCCCUACAUCUGCUCCUACUGUCAGAAGUCCUUUAGACAGCUCAGUCACUUACAGCAGCACACACGAAACCAUACUGAGUCCAAGCCCCACAAGUGUCCCCACUGCACUAAAUCCUUUGCCAACUCCAGCUAUCUGGCCCAGCAUAUCCGCAUCCACACAGGGGUGAAACCCUACACCUGCUCUUUCUGUCAGAAGUCCUUCAGACAGCUCAGUCAUCUACAGCAGCACAACCGGAUCCACACAGGAGACAGGCCUUAUAAGUGUGUUCAUCCGGGCUGUGAGAAAUCCUUCACACAACUCUCCAACCUACAGUCCCACAGACGGCAGCACAACAAGGAUAAACCCUUCAAGUGCACCAACUGUAACCGUGGUUACACGGACGCGGCCAGUCUGGAAGUCCACCUGUCCACUCACACGGUCAAACACGCCAAGCUCUACUCCUGUGGACUCUGCAACCGCACAUACACCUCUGAGACGUACCUGGUGAAACACAUGCAGAAACACAACUCAGACCCGCUCACUGUGGCUGCUGCACAGCAGUCUCAGCAGAACCAAAGCCAUACCCAGAACCAGAGAGGUUCUCAUGGCCAAGGCCAAGGCCGAGGAGAGGGCACCGAUAGUGGGACAGACCGAGCUGGAGGACAAGGUGGAGGUCAUGGACAAGGACAGAACCAGGGGCAAAACCAGGGCAGCUACUCUCAGGCAGAGACGGCAUCCUGCCCCUUUGACCUGCACCAGUAUAAGACAGUUGCUGCAGGGGACAUCCAGUUCAAAACAGUCAGUGUGGCGGACCUAGCGACCCACAAGGACCUCUGUCUCACCGUGGCUACCUCCACCAUUCAGGUGGAGCACCUAAACUCAUAGGGGUGGGAGGGAGGAGUGGUAGAGACUGAGAGAAACUGGAGGAGGCCUAUGGACAGACUGUGGAUAAAAGCAAUAGGAAGAUGUGACUGUGCCUGAAAGGUGGAUAAUGGAAGAGGAAGUUAAGAGAUGUUCAAACAGAGAUGGAGGAGUCUGGAAAUAGAGGACUUUUUGUACUUUUUGGUACUUGUUUCUCACUUUUAUUUCAUUAUGCCUAUGUUGACUUUGUGUGUUUUUGUACUCUUUUAUAAUGGAUGGCUAGUGUAUACUGUUGGUAAAGGAGUGUUUCUCUGUCUGUCACUGCAAUGGUGAUGAAGAGAGACUAACAAUGAGUGAAGAGAUCAUGUUUUCUAUUUUUUGGGGGUGGGGGGCUAUUUUAUAUCCUCCUGCUCCUCCCUACAAACACAACUUUGAUUAGGGUCACGUCUGACGUGUGUAACUGAAACUGACAGAUAACUGUCAAGGUACAUUUUUCUACUUUCCCACAGAGACUAUCAGGUUUUGAUUACAUCAUCAUUGUCAUUAUGGUUACUGUAAUCUACCUACAUAAAUAUUUUUCACUGAAAAAAAGGGAAGUAGGCUCUGUUUUCCGUUUCUGGAAAGAAAAAAGGCCUGCAAAAGUAUAUAUUGAUAUACAUACCAGUGUAUAUGUGUGCGUGUUAAAAAUAAAUGUAUAAUCCAUACUAUAUAACGCUUUGAUAUUUAGCCUAUCAUCGAGCCCUGUUUACCUCACAUGACCCUGUAAAAACUGGGAAGUGAAUGUGAUCAGCUGGUACGUGUUUUAUGUAAUCCUUGUAGUAUUUAUUUUUUGUGUCCUAAGAAUAUCAUUGUUAUCCAAAUAUAUUCUGACUAUACUUCCAUUACUGUUAUACUAAAGUAUAUGAGCCUUUACAAAUAGACUGACACAUGAAAAUGCAGUGUGUUUUCUCUUAUCAAACAAUAAAAACCUCACUGAA